GGUGCCCAGAAAGCCAGGGGGCGAGGGGCGUAGAAGCGGCGCGCGGCGGCCACUGGACUAGACGGGACCCCUCCUCGAUUCUACUUAAACACUUCGUCCUCAAAUUGCCGUUCUCGACCAGCCUCUCUCUUCCACAAAACAUCCCAUCCUAUCACCACCAUCCGACUCCGCAACAAGUCUGCCAGCCAAGUCCAGAUCUACAGCACCUCGGCUCCACCCCGAUACCUCAACACACCAAUUUCAGUGAGACGCCAUCUGUGCCGUCCGUCGCUGCCUAUGUCAAUCGAAAAUCUCAAGUCUUACGACCCCUUCGCCGAAGCCGACGAGGACACUGGAGAACAGUCCAAGGCUCCUGACUAUAUCCAUAUUCGGAUUCAGCAGCGAAAUGGACGUAAGACCUUGACCACAGUUCAGGGCAUCCCUGCAAAGUUCAGCCGGAAGAAGAUUCUUGCAGUCGUCAAGAAGAAGUUUGCCUGCAAUGGCACCAUCGUCAACGAUGCUGAGAUGGGCGAGGUGAUCCAGCUCCAGGGCGACCAGCGCAAGGAUUUCCAGGAGUUCCUUACCAGCAAGGACGGUCUUGAGCUCGACCCCAAGACCAUUAAGGUCCACGGUUUCUAAGGGCCCUCAUCAUGUCACGUAUCCUCGACCAGGACUGCUGCGUGGGAACGGCUUGAUUCGGAGGCGAUACCUAAACCAAGGAACACAUCAGGUCUCCUCAUGCCACAGCUUCUCCAGAUAUGGAGACAUCUCGGGCGCCGGAGAGGAAACACUUGACAUGAUACCCCAUCGAUCACGGACAUCGAAUCCUUGGGGGAGUCCUUUUUUGGGGGAUUGAUUGAAGUUGGAGCUGAUGUCCUUGUCGCCACGCGCUUCACUCGUUAUGAUUUCCGCAGUAUUGGCGUUAGUAGCAGAAAUGGCACAUCGUUCAUAUCCCUAG